AUUUCGUAUAGCGGUCGAGACCGGCACACAAAAGCAUGUUCAGUAUUGGACGUCGGUGACACCGGGUUCAACACUUAAGAAGCUACAUAUUUGCUCAUCAUAGUCAUGGAUUAUCUUCGUUCAAAUGUCCUACGGAGAGGUCAAUCCUCAGAUGCGCAAACGCAGGAUCUAGAGCAGCAGGGACAACCAGAAAUGGGGGAGCAAUCAGGUUCCCGUGAAAGACGCUUCCCAGUCGGUCGCCCAUCAUUGCCCGCGCUAUUCACGAAUCGGUUGCGUGCGGGUGGACAAAGUCAGCGUACUGGCGAUGACAGGGCUGAAGAUGAUAGCCCAAAGACGCCGCGCCCCGAUUCGGGACUUCCAAAUACGUCUUCGAACCACCUGCGUGUACCAAACUUAACACGGACCGAAGAAUACUCGCGUCCAACUUCUGGCCAGACUGAGGCGUCGUCUGCGCCUACAUCGCAGUCCUAUCCACCUCCGACACAGACCGAAAGAGUUCCUACCGUAUCCGAGCCCAGACCUUCGUAUAGGCGUAGUAGCCACAGAGAUGCCGAUGUGGGGCGAUCACAACUUCGAGGCGCGGAUCCUGGUGAGACUCGUUUGGUCGAUCAAGUAGACAGAACAAGACGUAGUCACAGUCGAAGGCAUAGGCAACAUGCGCCGCCUGAGAAAUUCUUAUUUUGUUUCCCCUGGGUUAAAUCGCGACGAAUACGCUCUCAGAUCCUACGAUGUUUCGUUUCCGGUCUCUUUUUAAUGCUCAUGCUCUCUAUAUAUCUCGUUCUUUCGAUCACGAAGAAAGUGUACAGCAACGAGUUCACAGUGCUUCUGAUCGUCAUCAUUUUAUUUUCAACCAUCUUCUUCUGCCACGGCCUAAUAAGAAUAUGCAUGCUAAUCAUCAAGCCGCCCAAUGAAGACGAAGAGCAGCCGCCUUUACCACGGUUAAUGGAACCUGGUGGAUAUGCCAUUCCACGACGGCCAAUACACGUUGUUCUCGCGCAAGACGAGGAAGCUGCAGGAAUGGAUAAUGUCGCUAAUAAACUAGAGCCUCCCGCUUACGGGCUAUGGCGUGAGAGCGUGCGCGUGGAUCCGGAUCGCUUAUAUUGGCAACGUAAUGACCAACCUCCUACGGAAGCCGACGAAGAGCGGCACGCUCGUCCUGAGACGGCUCGCCCACCGUCCUAUGCAUCAGAGGAUGGCGUAUCCUACGUUGUCGAGGCUCGUCCAAGGUCCAUAGCCCCCCUAUCUGACGUCCCGCUUCCGCCUCAUCCAUCCGAGGCUAGGCCACCAUCCGCGACAGAGCGGUCUUGAAAUCGUUUGGUAAUAGAACACGCGGCUCGCUCUCGUAACUCGACGUUCGACAGAGGACAGGCGAGAUGGGAUGGGUAGCCUAUCUAUAUAAUGGUGUAUGAUCAGAGGGAAGGAAUCGAGCAUAAAAGGAAAAGGGUUAAAGUGGGGGCCUUGUAUGUUUUAUUCAUACUAGUAUGGCGUGGCAUUAAGGUAGCAUGGGGUU